AUGUGUUUUCUUUGGUAUUCAUUUAUUUUGUUUCUUACUUUUCCUUUUAUUACACGUGAAACUACUAAUAUAACUCACAAUAUUACAAAUGGGACGAUCAAUUUAUUUGAUUUUGAUUAUCCAUAUAUAACUAUAUUAGGUGCAUUGACAAAUAAUGAACAUAUUAAAAUUCUCAAUGAACAUACUAAUCAAUUAUAUAGAACAUCUUUAAAUGAAGAAAUUUACCUUUCAUCUAAAUCAUUUAUUCUUGAUUCAAAUCCAUUAUUAAUAACAAUGAAAUUAUGUGAAAUAGGAAAUCUAUCACAUGCCAAAGCUAUUAUUGCUGGUCGAGGUUUAGAUGAAAAUGAUUUAACUUUAACUGCUAUUUCAUAUGUAUCAGAUUUUUAUCAUAUACCUGUAUUAACAAUAGCAUCAAGAGAAAAUCUUUUUUCGGAUAAAGCAUUUUAUAAUUUUAUUGUACGACUUGUACCACCAUAUUUAUAUGAAGCUGAUGCAUGGUUUAGCAUUGUUCGUCAAUUAAAAUAUACAAAAGUUAUAUUAAUUUAUAGUCAAGAUGAAGAGGGUCGAAUGGUUGCAUCUAGAUUCCAAAUGUUAGCCGAGGAUUCUGAUAUACAUAUUGAACGAACGGAAGAAUAUGAAUCAAAUACAAAUUUUACAUCAUUAAUAUCUAAUUUAACAUAUGAAGAUCGUUUAUUAGCACGUGUUUUUAUUAUUCACACAAGAAUUGAAGAUACCGAUGAGUUAUUAUCAGCUAUUGUACGUUUACAACAUUUAGAAAAUUCUGUUUGGAUUAUAAAUGAACGUGCAUUAACAUCAAAUAGUACAGUACUUUUUGAUGGUCUUCUUGGCGUUAGAUUACAUAAUUCAUUCAAUGAAGAAAAUCUUCUUAUUGAUGCAACAAAACUUCUUGUUAAUACAUUUGAUAAAUUUAAUGAUCAUGCAUCAUUAUUUUGGAGUACAAAAACACCAGCUAUUAAUUGUUUAUCAACAGAAUCGUGGUUAUAUGGAAAAGACCUUUACAAAGAAUUAUUGAAUAGUAGUGUUAUAAAUGGUAUUACAGGAAAUAUUGAAUUUAAUGAAGAAGGCGAUCGUGUUGAAUCAUUGUAUGAUAUAAUUAAUGUUCAAAAAGGACAAUUAAAAGUUGUUGGAAAUUAUCGAUCGAAUACGAUUGAUAAAACAGAAUUAAAUCUUGACGAACAAGAAAUAAUUUGGCCUAGUGGACUUCGUCAAAAACCAUAUGGAAUUCGAACAAGACAAAAUGUUUCGGUUGUUACUAUUGCUGAAAAACCAUUUAUUUUUACUCGUUCAGGCAAUGACUGUCAUCUUGGUACAGAAGUACUAUGUCCAAGAAAAAAAUUAAAUGAUUCAAUUAAUGAUGAAUAUGAAAAUUUUUGUUGUCGUGGUUAUUGUAUUGAUUUAUUACAAGAAUUAUCAAAAAAUUUAAGUUUUGUUUAUACAUUACAUCUUGUUGCUGAUAAUAAAUAUGGAUCAUAUGAAAGAGAAGGAGAUGAUGGACAUAAACGAUGGGAUGGUAUGAUAGGUGAACUAAUAAAUUAUCAAGCUGAUAUGAUUAUAGCUCCAUUAACAAUUAGUCCUGAGCGUGCAGAAGAUAUUGAAUUUACUAAACCAUUUAAAUAUCAAGGUAUUACUAUUCUUGUACGAAAGAGUACAAGUACAUCUAGUUUAACAUCAUUUUUACAACCAUUUCAAGACGCUUUAUGGAUGAUGGUUUUAUUAUCUGUACAUGUUGUUGCUGUUGUUUUAUAUUUACUUGAUCGUUUUUCACCAUUUGGUCGAUUUGGUUUUUCAUCACAACAAAAAACAGAACGUGGAAAUGGUCCAGCUAUUGAAAUUAAUACAGAAGAAGAUGCACUUAAUCUAUCACGUGCACUUUGGUUUACUUGGGGAAUAUUAUUAAAUUCAGGAAUUGGAGAAGGAACACCGAGAAGUUUUGCUGCUCGUGUUCUUGGUAUGGUUUGGGCAGGUUUUGCUAUGAUUAUGGUAGCUUCCUAUACAGCUAAUUUAGCUGCUUUUCUUGUGCUUGAUCGACCCGAAGCAAGUAUAUCGGGAAUUAAUGAUGCUCGAUUAAGAAAUCCUCCAGAAGGUUUUACAUAUGCAACAGUAAAAGGAUCAUCUGUCGAUAUGUAUUUCAAACGACAAGUUGAACUUUCGACAAUGUAUCGAACAAUGGAAUCAAAAAUUUAUUUAACAGCUGAAGAUGCAAUAACAGCUUUAAGAGAUGGAAAAUUAACAGCAUUUAUUUGGGAUUCACCAAGACUUGAAUAUGAAGCAGCACAAGAUUGUGAGUUAGUUACAGCUGGUGAAUUAUUUGGACGAUCAAGUUAUGGAAUUGCAUUAAGAAAAAGAGAUGCAUGGAUUAAUCCAUUAUCACAUGCAAUAUUAUCAUUUCAUGAAAGAGGUUUUAUGGAAACACUUGAUAAUGAAUGGAUUUUUUCCAAAGGAAUGAAACAAUGUUCAGAUCGAUCAUCAUCACCAGCAACACUUGGUGUAAAAAAUAUGCUUGGUGUUUUUCUACUUGUGGCUGGUGGAAUAUUUGCUGGAUUUUUUCUUCUUGCUAUUGAAAUAGCAUUUAAAAGACGUAAAGAAAAACGAGAAAAAGAAAUGGAAAUAUCUCGAAAUGCUCUUCUUCAUUGGAGAAAAAAAAUUGAGAAACGUAAACAACGCUCAAUGAUAUAUGACUCUGAUAAUCAACAACAACCAACGGCUGAUAUAGACUCACUAAAUGAACUACCAUUAAAUCGAAUUGAUCAUCAUAAACCAUCCAAUAUGACAAACAAUACACCAAAUUUGAUUUAUUAA